UUAUGUGCAGAAGGGCCACGUAUCACAAACAAACAAAGAAAAUUUGGGACGUUACAGUUUAUUCGUACCUGGUAAUUUGUGCAGUCUCCGGCAGGUAAUAGUAGAAUCCAUUGUGCAUUCUAGACUAGCAUCAGGCCAUUGUUGAGCUUCUUCAUGUCUCUCCGCAGCACACCAACAACCUAAUCAAAUGGAAAGGGCACCCCAGCGAAAGAGAAAAAAUUCAUUGGGAUUUUCUUCUCUGAAAAUAGAAGAUAAAACAGCUGAUCAGAGUCAGACCCUCGCGAGGAAGAAGAAGAAGAAGGAAGGUAUUGCAAUAUGCGAUCGCUUAAAAGCUCGUGCAAAAGACCAUAACAAUCACUUGGGUUCACCAGAAUUCAGUCCAAAGGGGAUUUCAGUUGAUGCUGUGCGUUCAAGGCCCAUUGGGUUAGCUAUCCCUGGGAACAAAGAGGCCCCUUCAGUUAACGAAGAACGAACUCAAGCUCAAGAUGAUGCAUCUUCAUAUUCAGGCAAGAAGGCAAAGAAAGCAACUAAUGAAGUAUCAUGCCCAUCUUUCUCAUUCAAGAAACCUUCAUUUACUCUGAGCCAUUUAGGCAGAAGGGCGGAACAAGCAACUGGUGGCACAUUGUCUCUGACUUCUGUGACAGAUAGAUUUCCGCUGCUGUUUGAUUCUUCUGGCAAGACAAGAGAAAAUAAGAAAGGAUUAUGGCCUUCUUUCUUCCGUCCAGGAUCUCUGUCCCCCUUCACGCAUGUAGGUAAGAAUGCAGAGCAAGAUAUUAAGGACGGGGUUUCUCUAUCUUCUUUAGCGGGAAAACUUCCAGUAUCCCCUGGGCAUUCAAGGAAGAAGCUUUCAGGUGAAAAACGCAAACGUGAUAGUAAAUCCAAAAGUACUGAUAUCCAAGCAACGCCUGCCAUGUAUAGUCUGAAUCAUUCUGAGAAAUACCCUUCAAACUGUCCUAAGCUUGAGGCUGUAUGGAGCGGAAGUGUUGAAGUUCUUAACAUGGCAUUGCCUGGAAAAUUCUCUGGUGAUUUUAGGGCUCAUCUUCCUCGCUGUCCAUGGGUCAUUGAUCAUAGAGCGUAUAAGCUUUCCAAGCAAAUGCCUGAAGUACUACAGUUUGAGCUGCUACCUCGUGGCAACAUUUGGGAUGAGAUAUUUGAUAAUGAUUUUGCUUUUAGUUGUGAUAUUUCACUUUAUUUUUUCCCUGGAAAUUUAGAGAGGUCUAUACAUCAAUUUGAUUAUCUAUGGUCAUUAAUGGAAAAGGAAGAUCUAGUGAUGAGGAGUCGCAUGGAUGAUUUUGAGUUAAUUGUAUUCACAUCUAUGCGAUUGUGCUAUGCUAAAGAGUUAAAGUGGACACCCUUCUUAUGGGGAGUGUUUCAAUUCGCGAAAGAUGAACAUAUCUCUACUAGCAUAUCCAACAAGAAGAUAUCUACUAGCACAUCUAACAGUAACUUAUCUGAAACUCACGACUCUGAAGUUGGAACUACAAGUAAACAGCCUUCGAUGAAGAAAACUAUUAGGAUGAUCCACCUUGAAGUUCCUCCUGGGUUCUCUAGAGAACAUGCUAGUAAGGGUGCUCUUAAGGCAAGCUUUGAUGUCUCUAAUCUAGUGGAAGUUCCAGUGAGAAAUGAUCCGGAUCUUUCUCUUAGCUUAGCCAAUAAUACUUGUAGUGCUCGUCAUCCAACAUCGCUCAAGAGGAAACGUGGCAAGCCCAACAAAAGACCAUGAUUUGUGAAUAUCAGCAAGGGAGGCCAAGAGACGUUGUCAAUGAAGAAUAACCAUCAUGUCUAGUUGUCAAUUGAAUAAGUUUAACCAAAUACUUGGUAUUGCUGACUGGUUUUUGAAUAAUUCAGUUCAUGUGGGAAACUGUAGGACCAUCUUGCCCUUUUGGGUUGAGCCCUGUGGUGAUCAUUCAUCUUACUUGUUAAAUUGGCUCAUUUUCAUUAUUGUUCAUGGCAUUAAUGUUGGAGUUUAUUUUCUAUGUUGAACAGUGAGUUUUCAGGGUUUUGGCUCACCAGCCAUUUCAGACCAUCUGUUUUGGGUUUAUUAGUUAUUUUAAUUAGUUAUAAAAUGCUCUGUUUCCUUUC